AAUCUACAAGACAACAACUCCCCCAGAAUCUACAAGACAACAACUCCCCCAGAAUCUACAAGACAACAACUCCCCCAGAAUCUACAAGACAACAACUCCCCCAGAAUCUACAAGACAACAACUCCCUCAGAAUCUACAAGACAACAAAUCCCCCAGACUCUACAAGACAACAAAUCCCCCAGAAUCUACAAGACAACAACUCCCCCAGACAACAAAUCCUCCAGAAUCUACAAGACAACAAAUCCUCCAGAAUCUACAAGACAACAACUCCCCCAGAAUCUACAAGACAACAAAUCCCCCAGACUCUACAAGACAACAACUCCCCCAGAAUCUACAAGACAACAACUCCCCCAGAAUCUACAAGACAACAACUCCCCCAGACUCAACAAGACAACAACUCCCCCAGAAUCUACAAGACAACAACUCCCCCAGAAUCUACAAGAGACAACUCCCCAAGAAUAUAUAAGAGACUCAGCUCUCCCAGACUCUACAAGAGACUUAGCUUCCCCAGAAUCUACAAGGGACUCAGAUCCCCUAGAAUCUACAAGAGACUCAAAUUUACAAGACUCAGCUCCCCCAGAAUCUACAAGAGACUCAGCUCCCCCAGAAUCUACAAGAGACUCAGCUCCCCAGAGAUUCUACAAGAGACUCAGCUCCCCCAGAAUUUACAAGACUCAGCUCCCCCAGAAUCUACAAGAGACUCAGCUUCCCAAAAAGAGAUGCUACUCUACAAGACAACAACUCCCCCAGAAUCUACAAGACAACAACUCCCCAGAAUCUACAAGACAACAACUCCCCAGAAUCUACAAGACAACAACUUCCCAGAAUCUAAAAGACAACAACUCCCCCAGACUCUACAAGACAACAAAUCCCCCAGAAUCUACAAGACAACAAAUCCCCCAGAAUCUACAAGACAACAACUCCCCCAGACUCUACAAGACAACAACUCCCCCAGAAUCUACAAGACAACAACUCCCCCAGAAUCUACAAGAGACAACUCCCCCAGAAUCUACAAGAGACAACUCCCCCAGAAUCUACAAGAGACUCAGCUCCCCCAGAAUCUACAAGAGACUCAGCUCCCCAGAGAUUCUACAAGAGACUCAGCUCCCCCAGAAUUUACAAGACUCAGCUCCCCCAGAAUCUACAAGAGACUCAGCUUCCCAAAAAGAGAUGCUAAUCUACAAGACAACAACACCCCAGAAUCUACAAGACAACAACUCCCCAGAAUCUACAAGACAACAACUUCCCAGAAUCUAAAAGACAACAACUCCCCCAGAAUCUACAAGACAACAACACCCCAGAAUCUACAAGACAACAACUCCCCAGAAUUUACAAGACAACAACUCCCCCAGACUCUACAAGACAACAACUCCCCCAGAAUCUACAAGACAACAACUCCCCCAGAAUCUACAAGACAACAAAUCCCCCAGAAUCUACAAGACAACAACUCCCCCAGAAUCUACAAGACAACAACUCCCCCAGAAUCUACAAGACAACAACUCCCCCAGAAUCUACAAGAGACAACUCCCCCAGAAUCUACAAGAGACAACUCCCCCAGAAUCGACAAGAGACUCGGCUCCCCUAGAAUCGACAAGAGACUCAGCUCCCCCAGAAUCUACAAGAGACUCAGCUCCCCCAGAAUCUACAAGAGACUCAGCUCCCCAAAAAGAGAUGCCGUGUCCAUCUGCUCCCUCCCUUUAGUGCUGUCCCUCCACUGA